UUUAUGCUAGAUUUGCAAGUAUGUUAUCAGUCAUUACAAUUGCAAUCUCUCUUUGUAUCUCGGUUUUCUUACUAUAUGCAAUGUUUUCAGGACAUCACAAAAGCAAGAAAGAUACCGAAGCGUGCUUUGCCUAUUAUUUGCUUCAGAGAAGUCAGCCCCCCAUUGUCGGAUGCUUCAAACACUUCCAUUAUAGAUUCAGGGGGGAAGAGUUAUGGCUGUUCUGAAAAUGCGAGUGCUGCAGGAACGUAUUACGAUGCUGUGCCUCGAAGCCUUAUUGUUAGCAAUGACAACUUAUCUACUCAGACGGAUACACUUCUUCUAACAUUUCCCAAGCAGCCUCUUUGGACAAAUGUGUACAUUCAAAACCAUGCUAAGGCUUUGGUUCCUUUGUUUUGGAGCCGUGUACAGGUUAUAUAUCUCUGAGUAUAUGCUUCCACGGUUAUGCAGAUUAUUAUUUCUCUGAUUUCUGUUCUCAUAUGGAUCAUGCAGCUUGAGUGUUUUUUGACCUGGACUUCUUGAGUUGCCUUUUUUUUUUUUGGUUAUAAUCAAUGCCAUCUUUCUAUUAAUGGGAA